AUGAGACCGGACUGCGGAGGAAACCUCAUGUUCAACAUGUAUCUCUCAGAUCCAACAGAAAAUCUGUUGAAGGAAAGCAAAGGAGCAUCCUGGGGUCCAAUAAACACAGGAGUACAGAAAGGCAGCGGGCAGAUCCAGUUGUGGCAGUUCCUGUUGGAGCUCCUCUCGGACAGCACCAACAUGGCGUACAUCGCCUGGGAGGGCACCAACGGAGAGUUCAAGCUCAUCGACCCGGACGAGGUGGCCAGGCGCUGGGGGGAGCGCAAGAGCAAACCCAACAUGAACUACGACAAGCUGAGCCGGGCGCUGCGCUACUACUACGACAAGAACAUCAUGACCAAAGUGCACGGAAAGCGCUACGCCUACAAGUUCGAUUUCCACGGCUUGGCGCAGGUGUGCCAGCCGUCCACCACGGAGCAGGCCAUCUACAAGUUUCAGGGGAACUUCUCCCCGAUUCCCUUCGCCGGGAUCUCCAAACUGAACCUCGUGGGUCCCGGCGUGGGCCCCUCAGGUUUCUCCUACUGGGCCGGAUCCCCCCCUUCGGCUCUGUACCACAGCCACAACCUCCAGCCUCCGGGGCCCUUUGGCACCGUGUCUCCGUCCCACAUCAGCUGCGUCAACAACAUCAACAGCCUGACCAACAUCAAUAACCAUUACAACUGACUACUAAUGAAUCUUUUAGACAACCUGGAGAAGUAUAAACACGGCCGGUAAUACAACAAGGAACGAAGAGAGGUGACAAAGGUUUUGGUAAUUUGCAAAUAUUGGAUUGAUUUGGAUUGUCUCAGCAACAUGCUACAUUUAGACGCGUGAAUAUAUAAUUGUAGCCAUGUAAAUGCUGCUGAGACAAUGGUUUUGCGUAAGAAAGACGUUUAAAAACAUGUAAAUAAAAAAAACAUAUUAGUUCUACAGUAAAAUCAGGACUUGUUUCCAGUAGCAGAGUGGUUUUGAACUUUUACGCGUUGUCUAAACGAUAAUAAUUAGAUCUUAAUGAUCUUUUAUGAUUUUCUAAUUUCGCUAACUCACUGUUGGAAAGCGUUUUUCCAAAUUAACAAUGUAAAGAGCAUUACUAAAAAGAAAAGCUUGAUUUAAUAUUUAUCUUUUAUACCUAUCAGUUAUUCUUGCCUGUUCUUUUGCUGUCUCUCAUCCUCUCUUCGUGGGUCAUGUGCUUGUUUGUACAUACAAGUGAGUGCUUUUACACACAUUUGGGAGCAAAUCACUUCUUAUUAUUAGGCUCGUGGCGCCAUCUUGUGGUUAUGGAACGGCCUAAUGGCUGUCAUGUAAUUUUACUAAAUAUCACUCCUGUAAAAAUAUUGUCAUUUGAAUUUGUUUUUACUAAAAAAUCAGAUUACACAUAGCCAUGUAGGAAAAUUAAAUGUGUCUCACUUGCAAUAUAAAAUAAAUACAAUGUAGAGGUAUAGGGUUGCAUUUUGUGAGAAGUCUCAGACGUGAAUAGUAACAGCAACUGUGAAUUCAUGAACCUUUCAGUAAAUACUGUUUGUGGGCUCAGGCUAUUCGCUGCUUUUUAGUGAUUUUGAAGUGAAAUGCAUUUUAUUCAUUCACGUAGCUUCUAAAGCAAAAAUAGCUAUACCAAUACAAAUUAAUGAAGUAUAUACAGUCUGUUGUAAAUAAAUC